AUGGACAAAAUUUGGCAUUCUCCGGAAGAAGGAGAUUCGAAAAGUUCUAUUGGAAAAUCAUCUCGUGCCCAUACUGCUGAAUGUGGAAAUGUAGUCUUACGAAAGUUAGUCAAUGACAGACAACAAUCACUAAAUAAAGCCUCGGAAAUUAUUGGCUCGUUAAAGGAAGAGAAUAACCGUUUGAAAGUACUAGUUGAUGAGAUGAAAAGCAAAAAUGAAGAAGCUGAAAUCGACUGGCGAAGUAAAUACGAUAAUCUAUGCAGUGAAUUACAAGCCUGUAAUAAGGAAAUACUAUCUCGAGAUAUGAAUCUAUUGGUAAAAGAUGCUUAG